CACAAACGAAGAUUCAGUUAACCCUUGCUUAUCGAAUUCGCCGCGCCUCUUCGUCUUCUUCAGAGAGACACUCUUGGCCAAAUUUGAAACUUUCCAGGUAAUCUAAUCUUCUUCUUCUUCUGCUCUUCUCUGUAGUAAGCGUCGCAUGAGAAAUCUCCUGGUCGGUUUUGAGACAUUACCCUGGGCUCUAAUUUCGGUUGAUACCUUGACAUGUCCGUCUAUUCUUCGAGGGUGAAUUUUGUUUUCCAAAUUCAGAUUUAAGAUCUGACCCAGUGUUGAAAAGUUACAAAAACUUCUGGGUUCAAGGUUGCGGUUGCGGUUGGGUUGCCAAUAUUAUUUAUGUGGAAUAUCCUCAGUGGCAGUGUUCGUUUUUUCUCUCUAGUUAAUGGUUUUUGUUUAGUAGCGUUUUGGUGUUUUAGGGAAUAAGGACACUGCCACUCAUCUUUUCAUGAACAAUGGUAUUUGAAUGUGCAUAUUUUUCCUGGAAUGGUUUGGUUCACAUUUAAUACAUAGUCUCUAUGGCUUAGUUUUCAAAUAGGUUACUGGGGCUCUGUUGAGGUUUAUUUAGCGCUCGCGUUUGGUGGAUUUAUGUGAGGCAUCUUAAUUUAUCUGUUCUUUGCGAAUCAUCACUUGUGCUAAACUUAAAGAAAACGUUUCCAUGGAUAUUUUUGAAUUGCAGCUGAUUUCCGAUUAAAUCACAGGAAUCAUGGAGAGUGUUCCAGUGGAAACACUUUCUGAAACUGGUGACUGUCAGACGAAUCCAGAAUUGAGUGAUAAGCAGAAGAAAAGAUCCGGGAAAAAGAAGAGAAAAUCGAGGAAACCGGAAGAUGAGUUGAAGAUUAAUGAUUCUCAUAUCAGUAGCCAGAUUGGGAGCGCAGAUGAGGCCUUUUCAUCUCAUGAGAAAUCCACCAGUGAAGAUCAAGUCCAGUUAUCCGAGAAUCUUUUGUCUUCAUUACCUGCAGAGUCCUGUCAACGAGAUUCAAUCUCAUGUGGAGAGCCUGGAGCUACUUUACAUCAUAAAGACCCAAUCUCAUGUGAAGAUUCACUACCAGAUGCUAAUAGGAAGGGUUCCAGUAGAAAAAAAUCAAAAAGGAGAGAGAAGAAGGAGACAGAGGACGCUUCCUGUGACGAGAAAAUGUUGGAUGAUGCACAAAAAAUCACCAAUGAAGACCAAGUUCAUCCACCCAACAAUCCUUUGUCAAACGGUAUAAUACAAGAAGGAUCACAUGAACACAAUCAGGAUUCUUGUGAGAAGCCUGGAGCGGCACAACUUUGUACAGAUCCAAAUCUGUCAACCUGGGAAGAUUCACAGCCAGAUGCUACUAAUAUGACUAGUUCCCCGAAAAAAAAGAGAAAAAAGAAGAGGGGUAGAAACGCGCUGAAGGAAAGUGGUGUUGAUACAAAUACUACCAAUGCAGAGGUUGUUGUAAAAUACAAUACUAUUACUGAAGCUGAAGGAUCAAGAUCGAUGAGUAUAGAGGAAAACUCCAUUACUAGUGUUUUGAUAAAUAGUUGUCCUAAAUCCAAGGUUGAUACUGGGGAACAACUAGAGGGCAACGACGUCAAAAUCAAUGAAACUGUGUCCCAAACUGAGAGUCCUAAAGCCAAGAAAAGGAAGAAGAAAAAGACCAAAACAAUGGAUGUCUGUGACCAAUUAGGAAAUACUCUGCCAACCUCCAUGAAAAGUGGGCCAGUAGAGUGUGUGGAAAAUAAUGAUGGGAAUAAGGAAACAGAUGGAACCACUGAAGUUAAAGAGGACGUUCUUGAAGUUAAAUACGAUAUUAUUUCUGAAGCUGAAGGAUCAAGAUCGAUGACUAAAGAGGAAAAAUCCGCUGCUAGUGUUGUGAUAAGUAGUUGUCUGAAAUCCAAGGAUGAUACAGUGGAACAACAAGAGUGCACAGAUGUCAAACUCAAUGAAACUGUGGCCCAAACUCAGAAUCCUAAAGCCAAGAGAAGGAAGAAGAGAAAGACUAAAACAUUGGAGGACUGUGACCCGUUAGGAAAUACUUUGUCAACCUCCACGAAAAGCGGGCCUGUAGAGUGUGUGGAAAAUAAUGAUGGGGAUGGUGGCCGAGAGUUAAUUAGUUAUUCAGCAAGUCAGAGGGAAAAUUCUGUAACUGGGGAGGAAAGUGGUUUUCAGAAUCUCGGAAAAACUAAAGAGAAGGAAACAGAUGAAAACACUGAAGUUAAAGAGGACAUUUUUGGAGCAGGUAUAUGUGAUGUAAGUAGCAAAAAACAGAAGAGAAAGAAGAAAACAUCAUCUGCUGAUCACAAAACUGCAGAUAUCGAGGUCUGUGAGCCAUCAGGAUCAGUAGAGUGUUUGUUGGAUCAUUCAAACGAAAAAGUCAUACAAAAUUGUGAUGAGAAUGCCGGAAAAGAGUUUAGGGGAGAGGAUAAGACAAGUAAAAUUGAAGAAUCUGCAACGAGAGAGAAAAGCAAAGUUCAGAAAUCUGGAAAACGUAAAGAAAUGACAAAAGAUGAAAAUAUUGAAUCUAAUCAGGAUGCACUAGGAGCAGACGAUGUUAGUGAUGUUGGGGGCAAAAGACAGAAGAGGAAGAUGAAGAAGAAAACAAAUUGUGAAUCAGUAGCCACCGUGGAUAGCGAGUCAGUACAGUGUUUGUUGCAUCAAUCAAGUAGAGAAGGUGUGAAAAAUUGUGAUGGGAAUGCUGAUGUGGAGAUUGCCAGUAAGGAUUUGGCUAGUAACAUUGAAGAUUCUGCGAGUAAGGGGGAAAGUGUUCAGGGUGUCAAAAAUACCAAAAAGAAGAAAAAAGAUAAGAAGGGAAAAGUUGAUCAGGAUGCCUUGGGAGCAGAAGGUGUUAGUAAGGUUGAGGUCACAACAAAGAAAAGCAAGAAGAAGAAAAAUUCGUUAGAUCAUAAAACUGACAAAAUGGAGGAGGACAGUCAAAAGGAAAAUGAGAAUAAGAGAGAAGUUGAUCAGAAUUCUUUGGGAGCAGAAGGUGUUAGCAAGGUUGAGGUCAAAACAAUGGAGAGCAAGAAGAAGAAAAAUUCUUUAGAUCAUAAAACUGAUGAUAUGGAGGAGAAGGAUGAUGUUUCCUUACCUAGUAAAGAUGCAGAACCAGAAUUUGAUAGGGAAAAGCUUGAAACGUCUUUGUCAAGUUCUGUCUUAAUACAAAAUAAUGUGGCUCAAGGAGUUGCUUCAUCAGAAACUGGAGAUGUACCUAGAUGCUCAUGUGCAGGUCAACAUACCAGAAAGUUGCUUGUAUUUGAUUUGAAUGGAAUCCUUGCAGAUAUUGUUCAGGGUUUUACAGGUCCAUUUGUUCCAGAUGGUAAAGUAUCAUACAGAUCAGUCUUCAGGAGGCCUUUUGUUUCUAGUUUUCUCGACUUUUGCUUUGAGAGAUUUCAUGUUGCGAUAUGGUCCUCCAGACGCGUUGGGUUGGAUUAUAUGGUGAGCAUUGUCAUGAAAAACUAUUCGAGGAAUCUGUUGUUCUGUUUUGAUCAGAACAAGUGCACUACAACGAAGUUUAAAACUCAGGAGAAGAACGAUAAACCUCUGUUCCUCAAGGAUCUACGAACAGUAUGGGACGGUUUUGGGACAUGCACCAGUUGUGGAAAGCGAAAGUACGAUGAGACAAAUACUUUAUUAGUUGACGAUUCCCCCGACAAGGCCUUGUGUAAUCCUCCACACACUGGAAUCUUCCCUUCCCCGUACCAAUACACAGACCGUCAAGAUUCUGCAUUGGGACGUGAGGGUGAGCUAAGGAAGUAUCUUGAAAGAUUAGCAGAUGCAGAGAACGUUCAGAAGUUUGUAGCGGAGAAUCCAUUCGGUCAGACUGCCAUAACUGAGACACACGAGUCAUGGGAGUUUUACUCUAAGGUCGUCGAGGCACAUAAGUAAUUCGUCCACAGGAGUUGUGACUAUGUAAUUGCUCUGGAGCUAACAACAAGUAUGUGAAGCAGAUGCAGAUGCACACAUAGAUGAAGUUCCUUCUGGAAGUUUACUUUAAACUCUUUCACAUUACAACUGAUAUUGUAUCUCUUGUGUUUUAAAGACUAACGUCGAUAUACAUUUAUCCUGUUUAUGGUCAUCUAGAUUCAGAUUUGUAAUUUGUCUUCAAAAUAAGUUUGAUUGGUACUCGUUCAAAGAUACAAAAUCAUUAUUUUAAAUAUGUUUUGA